UAAUGGCGCUGCUUGAGUCAUAGUAUUAAUAUAAACAAUCGUAAGGAGGCAGUGCAGGAAAAUCAAGACCACGUGAGUAGUUUAUUUGGACCUUGCUUACCUGAAUUAUGUCUUACUGAUAUAGACUUCAGUUUCCUUUGGAAUCUGCACAUGUUUUAGGCAAUGAUUUGAUGAAGCAACCAGAGUAAGAUUCACACGUGAAUACUGGUAACAUUCGGAAAGAAGUGUAGAGGAGGAGAUAUAUUUGCAAUAUUUGGGAUCAUUCCUACCUGCUUGGAAACGAUUGCGUGGCAGUUGGGAAUCACCUGCCAGUGGUCAUAAAUUUUCAGAUAUUGAGGGGGUAAACUGUCACGUUUACGUCAGAAUGAACGUCGAUGACAAAGUGGAGGAGUGAUUCGUAACAGAUCUCAGAGUCCAUUUUGCUGCGUGUCAGUUUUUACAUCGCCGACUACACCAAAUUUCCAUAAUUUUCAACUCCCGUCUUAACGUCCAAAUCGAUCUUGUUGUAAGAGACACAGAAAAUAUCGAUGUUCAAACUAGAAGAAUCGAAAAAGACCAUUCCUUUCGACUUCGGGAGAAUUUCUCCCAGAACUAAGAUUACGUCAUUAGCGCAACUUCGCAAGGGCGAUCAUGUCAUGGAAGAAAGUCCUUUGGGUUACUGGCAUCACUUCAUUGUGGAUAAAGUAAAGCCAAAAUUUGCGUGGGUCAUACACAAGACUGGUGAUCAAGACACUGGUUUUAGAUCUCUUCGAGAAAGUGACCCCACUACCAAAGGGGAAGUUUCGAGGACUAAAUUCGUUCUCGAGCCUGACCAAGUUGUUUAUAGAAUAGAGUACCCCCAAACGGAUGAGGUAGAUGGGUUUGUGGUGUUCUCCUCGGAUGAGGUGGUGCGACGGGCGAGAAAGCGCUUGGGAGAACGGUAUUACAACGCCUUGACAAGCAACUGCGAACACUUUUGUCGAGAUUGCAAAGCAGGCAAACCUGAGAGCUACCAAUCUUAUGAUGUUAUAUGGACCGUUGGAAGACUGUUGUUUGUCUUUCUGCAGGGAUUACUGGGGGGAAUAGUGUUCAUUGUUGCUUCUACAACAGGUUUGUUAGCUCAGACAUCACUGUUACUAAUGGGCCAUGUAGUAGGUGUUGUAGUGGGACUUGUGCAAGAUGCUCUGUGGAUAGCAUUUGUUGUUAUUACAGCUGAUCUUGCUAGAACCAAAGGUCAUGUGACACCUGUAGAUGCUGAAAAGAUCAAAGCUAAAAGAGUAACACCAAUAGUGUCAGGAUUUGUGGGAGGGGUGGGAGGGGCAGCCCUUGGCUACUACCACAUCCCAUUACCAGUAAUUGGUAGUGUUCUUGGGGCAGUUAUUGGAAACUUUCUCUGUCAAGCUUUGGGUCUUCUAGUUGGUAGAUGGGUUUCAACCUUUUUAAAGUAACAGACCAUGUUGUGUCCAUGAUAUCACCAUUAUUCACCAGAAUUCAGAUUGGGUGGGUAGAUAGAUUAAUGGUAAUUUGUAUUAAAUUAUGGAAUUAAAGUACUUCCUUGUUAAAUUAUUAUUAUUAUGAAAAUGGCACUCACAAAUCUGCUCUGUGGAUUUUGAUACUGUUCUUAGGUAUCCAAUUUAGAAGUGUCAGUAAAGGCAUAAACAGGUUUUUUUUCCUAAUUUGGUGACCUGCACUUUUAGAAGGUCUUAUUGAUAAUGUUACAAGCUCCAAUGGACAAUGUUGCCAUGGUAACCAAAAGGUCAGAUAAUUGAAACACAAUAUCGUAUUCAGAAUGGAAAGGGAAGGAGACAAACAUCUUUACAGCACAUCAAAAAUGAAAUGAGAUAUCUCAGGACUUUAAAAAAAAAAAAAUAAUAAUAAUAAUAAUAAUAACUAAAAGGACUUUCAUUUGACAAACAAUAACAAAAAACAUCUUUAUUACUUAUCAGAGCCAUAACUUUUAAGUCAUUGUUUUAAUAAAACAAAAAAGAUUGUCUUAUAUACUAUAACUACUACUUAAUAGUUCAUGUUCAUGACUUGUAUUAAAACAUGUGUACUACCAAGUAGAGGUAAAAAGGCACCAUAUUCAGAGAGAAGGGCUGAUGUUUUCUCAGUGUAACUCAACACAUUUUAUACAUUCAUUUAUUUAUCUAAUUAAAAUUAUUUAGCUCAGUCUCUCUGAAAUGAAACUUUUGAAUAGUAAAUCUAACAGAAACAUUUGGUUUACAAAGAAGAACCAAAGAAAUUUAUUUAUCUUUUUACUGGGUUCACUAAAUAGAUAUUUCUUACCUUUGAAUUUACAGGCAAGAAAAUUUAUUUUUAAGUGGUCCUUGUACUUAAUUUUUUCUAGAAGAUGCCUCUUUUGUGAAUUUAGGUGACCACCAAAGGCUUUCAGCCUAAACAAUUAGUAUUUUUGUGAACCACUCUUCAAAGAGGUUUAACCAGAGAUUUGGGAGCAAGAAUAUUAAACAAAAUUACAGUGAA